AUGGAGUAUGUGAAAAAUCUAACUUAUGAGCAGCAAAAACAGCUGAAAGAUAAUCCAAAUCAAAAUUUUAUACCUUGGCGUGUAGUAUGGAAGCCCAACUCAGUAACAACUCCAUGCCGAUUAGUAUUCGACGCAUCACGACCAACCGAUACCGGAAUUAGUCUGAACGACAUACUCGCCAAAGCAUCAAACAAUAUGAAUAAGUUGGUCGAAAUCGUUAUUCGGCGGAUGUCACACAAAAUUGCAUUUCAUACUGACAUCAGGAAAAUGUACAACACAGUGCGUCUUCACGAAUCUCAUUGGUGUCUUCAACGCUACAUCUGGCAACAGGAUUUAGACAUUACCAAGAUACCUGAAGAAAAGAUCAUCAAAACACUAAUCUAUGGUGUCAAGUCUAGCGGAAACCAAUCGGAGAGAGCUUUACGAGAAACUGCAAAAUUAUCUGCAGACGAAUACCCGGAAGUCAACCAAAUUGUGCAAAGGAUAUAUAUGUUGAUGACUGCAUAA